AGCUUCCGGUUUUCGACUUUCUGCUUCCGGCUUGUGAUUCGUACGCGACGCGGCGGACGCCUGCGGCUAUUUGAACAGUUUAACCCACAACAUGGAUAUCAGACCAAAUCACACAAUUUAUAUCAACAAUAUGAAUGACAAAAUUAAAAAGGAAGAAUUGAAGAGAUCCCUGUAUGCCCUGUUUUCUCAGUUUGGCCACGUCGUAGAUAUUGUGGCUCUAAAGACCAUGAAGAUGAGGGGGCAAGCUUUUGUUAUAUUUAAGGAACUGGGCUCAUCCACAAAUGCCUUGAGACAGUUACAAGGAUUUCCAUUUUAUGGCAAACCGAUGCGAAUCCAGUAUGCAAAAACAGAUUCUGAUAUAAUAUCUAAAAUGCGUGGCACUUUUGCUGACAAAGAAAAGAAAAAAGAAAAGAAAAAAGCCAAAACUGUGGAACAGACUGCAACAACCAUGAACAAAAAACCUGGUCAGGGAACACCAAAUUCAGCUAAUACCCAAGGAAAUGCAGCGCCAAAUCCUCAGGUCCCUGAUUACCCUCCAAACUAUAUUUUAUUCCUUAAUAAUUUACCAGAAGAGACUAAUGAGAUGAUGUUAUCCAUGCUGUUUAAUCAAUUCCCUGGUUUCAAGGAAGUACGUUUGGUACCUGGGAGGCAUGACAUUGCUUUUGUUGAAUUUGAAAACGAUGGACAGGCUGGAGCUGCCAGGGAUGCUUUACAGGGAUUUAAGAUCACACCGUCCCAUGCCAUGAAGAUCACGUAUGCCAAGAAAUAAGAUUUGGGAUAGCUGCCUUUAAAGGACUUGGUGUCAUGUAUAGUUUUCGUUUUGAUAACAUUUGGUCAGGCCAUUUUAAUAGUUGGGGGUAGGGAAAAGUGUAUGUGAAAUUUUUGUAAAGGAUUUAAAACAUUACCUAGUCUUUGUUUAGCCUUAGUGAACUAUGAACUGUGAAGGCCUUAAUUUUGUACAAUAAACUUUUAUUUGUAUUCUGUACAUAAUAUUUCAUUUAUUGGCCCACUGUCCUGUCAUCAAAUGCUUAUGCUAGUUUAGAACACAUCUUAAGGUAUAUAAAACUGUAAUAGGAUGCUUUUCUAGUGUUAUUUUGGAGUAGCUAAUGGUAGAG